AUGUUCAGGCCGUCGCUUCACUUACAGAGACACCAGUUUGUCGUUGACUUUGUCAAAAGGAAUAAACCUAAACAGGUGGUGGAUUUAGGCUGCGGCGAGUGCAGCCUUCUUCAAAAGCUCAAGUUUCACAGUGAAAUUGAAUUGUUGGUUGGAGUUGACCUCAAUGGCGCCAAGCUGUCCAAAAAGAAGCAUGUAUUAGCUCCUGUAUCUACCGAUUAUCUCCAGCCAACCUUUAAGCAGCUGUGCGUCCAGCUCUACCAUGGCUCGGUCACACAAAGAGAUGUCCGACUCAGAGGAUUUGACCUGGUGACCAGUAUAGAACUCAUAGAGCAUCUCCCUCUUGAUGACUUGGACCAGUUUUCGGAGGUGGUCUUUGGAUAUAUGGCCCCGCAAACAGUGAUCAUCAGUACCCCAAAUUCUGAGUUCAACCUGCUUUUUCCUGGACUGUCAGGUUUCAGACACGGUGACCACAAGUUUGAGUGGACCAGAGUGGAGUUUCAGUCCUGGGCUCUGAAAGCAUGUUCAGAGUAUGGCUUCAAGGUGGAGUUCACUGGUGUGGGGGAACCGCCUCCAGGACAAGAAGAACGCUUUGGCUUCUGCACCCAGAUUGGAGUGUUCCAUCGGCUCUUGGACAGAGACAGGCACAAGUCUGGUGAUGAUGUGGACAAUCAUUUUUCAUACACACUGCUUUAUAGCAUAAAGUAUCCCAGCCUACGUGACCACAACAUCCUGCGGAAGGCUGUGGUUAGUGAGGUGCUAUAUUGGGCGGAAAAGCUAAAACAGGAAUGGCUGGAAGAGUUGACAGAGAAACGGGAAGAAGAAAAUCCUGUGGAAGACUGUGUGAGGGAAAGAGAAGAGCAUGGAGGGAUCUUUUGGACAAAGGGUGAUGAACACGAGUGUCACAUGUCACACAGGCAUGUUUCUGUACCGCUACACAAGCUGUGGACCGGCUGCCCUAAGUUGAGUGAGCUGACUGAAAGUCUGCAUAAUCUCGCUCAGCUAAUUAUAGAUGAUCCCCAAAUUAAGCUGAAUCAGGACCAAUCUGCUGUAAUUAUCUGCUUUCUGGAAGAAGACCUUGAAGAUGAUGGUCCUAAUGAUCUGAUGGACAGCGGCUAUGUGGAGGCCAACAACAUGGAAAAGGAACUGUGGAAGACCGAUGGUUAGUCUUCACUAAAUUGAGAGUACAACUCCACUGUUUGGAAUAAAAAUAACUGUCUGCAUGAGCAGUUUUAUUCCCAUGUGU